ACACUGCGGUGCGAGACGAGUUCGGGUUCGGUUCGCCCAAAUGUGUUGCUUAUGAAGACUUGAUCGAUGAAACGCUGCGUAAAGUGUGCUUCUUAGACCGCUCGACAGCUCAAAAGCCCAAAAAACCCAUCGCGCAGCGAAACGGCUCGCCGACAGACGCAACCAAACCCGUUGGCACCCGAUGAGGGUGGAGAGGGCAGAGCUGGCGAAACUGAUUGGUUUUCGAUUUUAACGAAGAGCCGCCUUACUUGACUCAGAACCGAUUCAGCUUUUUCCCAGGAGAGGAAAGCAAGUUUGUGUGCGAGAACGCUGUCACCAGUGGUGGGGGACUGACUGGGUGGACGCUGGUGCACGGAGGGGGUGGUGUUUGUUUGGUAGGGGGGGUAACAAUCUGCGCGAACCUGGCCCUUUAAAUUACCUCCACUAUCACUGUAGACGAGACAAGCGAAGUUGCCUGCAGGUCCCUGAGCCAGCUUUAGUCUCCAGCCUCUCCAUCAUCCAGAAUUUUCUCCUUUUACUUGGCACGAUAACCGAUGGCAGAGAAUGUCGACGACUAAUAACAUAGCCCAGGCAAGGAAGUUGGUGGAGCAGCUGAGGAUCGAGGCAGGCUUCGAACGUAUUAAGGUGUCUAAGGCUGCUGCAGACCUGAUGAGUUACUGUGAGCAGCAUGCCCGCAGUGACCCUCUGCUGGUCGGGGUGCCCACCUCCGAGAAUCCUUUCAAAGACAAGAAGCCUUGCAUCAUUCUAUAGCUACUCUGUAUAGGCCAGCUCUCCCAGUCCCACUUUAACCGCUGCCCAUCCCCAGUCAAUGGGCAAUUCAGUCCAACACUUCUUUUUACCUGGGACCCUCAGUAUUUUCCAGAAAAUAAACGCCACACACUCUUGGUAAAAACAAAAAGGGGCGAUAUCUGAAUACCUAGCGUCAUGUAGCCCUGCGUUGAGUGAAUCUAUAUGAAUGAAUCUGCACAGCACGCCUGUCUAAAUUCAUGCAUAUAGACGUACUUAACAGGAGGUGGCAGAUUUCGAAUUUCAACAAACUAUUUCAAAAGAUUACACAGACUGAGAGAUACUCCAGCAUGUUUUUCGGUGCAGCAGCUGACCUUGUUACCAUAGGUGAUGGUGGAGAGUAGAGGAAGACAGUCAUGAUUACGCCGACUGACUAGCUGGCUAGCCCAGUCACACUGUGGUAAACGCUUGUUCGGUAUUAACCCUGCAUUGUUACAUCGAAUCUGCAAGCUAAAGGUUCAUUUUAGAUUUGUAUGGCCAAAAUUGAAUCCAGGUAUGCUUACCUUUAUUAAAACAGCACAUUUCAUGUUUUACAAAGGGAUUCAAGACAUUAACCAGAGUUGCCACUAUUUUUACUUUUUUUUUUUCUCAGUCCAUUUGUGAGCUGUAGUUUUUCUUUUCAUCAAUUAAAAAAAAAAACUCACUAGGCUUAAUGCUUUUUUUUUCUAGUGUUUAUACUAUAUUUCAGAAUCCUCAAACACUAAGUUAUAAAGGAAUAAUUUUAUACAGUGCAGAAAAUAUAUUUACCUAAUAAUAUCCUUCUCAGUCCCCUCCUAAAGUGCAGUUCGGUAUGAAAAAAAAAAGAAGCCUAUUAUUUGAGGUAUUAAUUUGAAAUAAAACAACAACAACAACAUUUGAGGUAUCAAAUAUAUUAAAUCAUAAUGAAUAUUUAUGAUCCUUAUAUAGCAGAGGCUCAGACAUGCCCCAUAAAAUCAUCAUUUUGAAGUCAUUUUGAAGUCGGAGCCCCUGCAAAGGCCAAUUUUUAAUUACUUUUUUUUUUUGUUUGAAACCAAACUUGAUUGUAAAAUCCAUACAGAAGGAAAAAAAAAUGUAUAAACUUUCUUUUGGAUAUGUUCAGAGGUGUUAACUUUGAGAAUAGCUGUUUGGAUUUGUUUGUUCCAAUUUCUUCUUUCUGUGGAAACAUGGAAUCCGGUCAUUGAGUAUGAUGCUGUACAGUGUUUGAUAACUAAAGCGCAUUCUUUUUUUUUUGUGGAUGUUUUAUCUUUUUGUAAUCUUUGUGUAAUAUUUCUGUUUCUUUCAUCAUCCAUAUUUAACCAUUCAGUUUGUCCUCUGUAAGGCGACGCAAAAGAUGCGAGCGAAGGAAUUGAUGGACGGCUCCAGUGCUUGUACAUGUGACUAGGUUACCUGCUCCCUGCGAGGGAAUGUGGAAUGGAUUGUUGACACAAUGCCCAUGCAAGGUGCUUAAGGCGUUGUUCGAGGCACGUUUCAGGUGGUCUGGGUUGUUUAGUCUAUCUAAAGGGCAGGAUGUGCAGUGUUAUGCAACAGGCCAUCAGCCUGAGCAGUCACAUGCAAAAGAUGAGGGGCAAGGUCAAGCCACAACUCUGAAUGUCCCAUGUGCACCCAGCACAUGAUGCACAAUCUUUUGGAGUGAUGGUUUUGUUUCCAAACAGUCACUCACAGUAUUCAACUAAGUGCUAAAAACAGAAUUCCCCCAUUGUCCCGCUUCAAAUGCUGGAAAAUAGGGGCUCGUAAUGGGACAGAGGGGGCCUGUGCUCCUCGCGGCCCACGGGAUGCUGUCAUCAGCUCCUGUAUUAAGAAUGACUAAGGCCUGUGGGGGUCACGAGUGCUCUGACUCAUCCAGCGAUCGACAAAAUCACGCUGCUGCCCAUCAGUGGACAAAGCUGCUCCAGCGACAUCACUUCCUGUUAAGCCUGAGCAGUGUAGUGGCUUAUUCAUUUCAAAAUAACUGGAGAAAGAUGGGCACUUCAGGAGAUAAAAAGCGUAUUCUAUAAAAAGGAAGGAUUCUGUUUGAAUUCAUUCAAGUGUUAAGUUAGAAACUCUCACUUUUCCAUUGCAAAGGAAGAGUCACUUAGUAGUCCACAUUAGGAUGAAGCCUUUCUGGACACGUGCGAUGUGCUCAAAUGCACCAAGCUAGUGCUAAAAUAAAGCUAGCACUACAAACGUUUUUUGACCAGCCGCCAAACAAACUUUCUGUACCACGUUUGAUGGUAUUACACUGGAGCAAACACUGUGAAAGUCAGCUAAGCUAGUUUGUUAGCUUGAGUUCUCCACCCUCUUGACUCACGGUGUUGGGAUACACUGUGCUCCAAAGUAUAGCGUUUACCCGAAGUAUGCUAAAAUCUCCCCCGCUCUUGGGUUUAAUUAGACUCUGCAAUCAUUUUGCGGUGAGUGAGACCGGUUGUCAGGACGAGGGAGUGUGUCCAUUUCUAAUUUGCGCAGCGAGAACACUUAAGGUGCUGAGGAGGCCGUGAUACCUUAACCUCAAUUCCUCGUUCCCAAACGUUCGACUUCACACACCAUCGAGCUCUUUCAUGACCAUGAGAGGUGAGAUUUAGGCUUUGUGUGGGUAAUAUCUGUAGCUGAGUCCUUAGCCAGUAGAUUUCAAUCUCAGCCUGUCCCAUUACUUUGUGUUUUUUCCUGUGUAUGCAUAUGUAUCUUUCUGCCUUGAUUAUGAAGAAAUAUAACUAUUUUUUGUAAUUGUUCUUCUCGGAUGUGCCAUAAAUCAUGUUUUCUUGCACACUGUUAAUAUUUUGUGGAUAUUGCUGUUUAAAAAUGAUGAUAUCGGAAAAGUAGAUGAAAUAAAAUAAAGACAAAAUGUUAAUCUGCA